AUGACCCGCGAGACGCAGCUUUCUUUCUCCAGCCGGCUAGCGGCGCUAGCAUUGCUUGGCCUGGUUCAAGUGGUAUCGGGAGGAGCAACAACUCAAUCUCCAGCGCUCCCAGCCUUGACGUCUCCUCUUGGGCCCGUCGUCAACUUGGGAUUCGCCGCCUUCGCAGGAAACGAUACAUCGCCUGCCGGAGAGCCUCACUCGACGGUGACUUUCUUCGGCAAUAUACCGUACGCUCAGCCUCCAGUAGGAAACCUCCGCUUCAGAGCUCCAAGACCGCUAGACGAAACAAUCAGAAACCCUGCUCGUGUUCCCAUAUCCGAUGCACGGGACUGGGGCGCUCCUUGUAUUCAGCAGCCAGCGCAAGUUGGAAUCGGCUCUGAAGAUUGCCUGAAGUUGAACAUUUGGAAGCCUUCGAGCGCAUCGGAAGGAAGUAACCUUCCCGUCAUUGUAUACUUCCACGGAGGUGGUUUUUUUGCGGGGUCGCCUCUUGGGUUUCCCUUUUUCGACUGGCUAACACAAAAUCAAGGUAUCGUCGCCGUAUCUGUUGCCUAUCGACUUAACCUCCUGGGGUUCCUGGGGGGCGCUGCUGUCGCUGCUGACGGAGACUUGAACGCGGGACUUCGUGACCAGCGGGCUGCAUUGGAAUGGGUACAGAGGAAUAUCCAUCGAUUCGGGGGGGAUCCAGACGAAGUGACGAUUGCAGGCGAAAGUGCGGGAGCUGCGAGCGUGGUCAUGCAAACGGUGGCAUUCGGCGGAUCUAAGCCGCCUGUUUUCAAGCGCGCGAUUACGCAAUCGAUUGGAUUUGGGCCAACGCCUACUUCGGAGCAAGUCGAAGCUACCUUCCAAAACGUUUCUGCCGUAGUUGGUUGCUCAGGACGGAAUGUUAUGCAAUGCUUGCGCAACGCCUCCAUAGGUGCUAUCGUCAGUGCAAUCAAUCACGCCAGUGUCCCACCUGUGAUUGAGGGACCAAACGGGUUUCUCCCUGAUCUCCCUUCACAUCUUAUCGUGUCUGGCAGGCUCAACAACGUCGGGUUCAUUGGCGGCCAUUGUACCAAUGACGGGAGGACUUUUGUGGGCGGCACACCCGCACAAUUCGUUUCGGAGGAUGAUAUCAGAAGACUGCUCUUCGCUCGUUACUCAGGAGUGACUGCUGCGACGAUGCAGCGGGCUUUUGAACUCUACCCAGCACCGGACGUGGCUGGGAGCCCGUUCAAGACACAAUACGAACGCGCUUCACAGAUGUCUCAGGAUAUCGUACUCGGUUGCAUGGAUCUACAGCUCGCUCAAACACUUACGAACCGCGGCGUAGAUAAUGUAUUCACAUUCAGAUGGAACUCUCCUCACGCAGUUUUGUUCGAAGAGACCCCUUUCGAAGGAGUCAUGCAUACAUCUGACCUAUACUUUCUGUUCGAUGGUACCGUACGUUUACCCAAUGCUUUGAAUUCUUUCAAAGCUUUCAAUGAAAGCGAGGCAAGGCUUUCUCAAGAAGCGAUCGGCUUCUGGACUUCGUUCAUCUCCUCAGGCAACCCCUCCACGGAGAAUACACCGAAACGCAUCACUUGGGCCCCCUUCGUGUCAAACACAUCGUCAAAUGCCACCAAUAUCACCCGUAAUCGUAUUGUAUUGGAGAGAGGCAGCGAUGAAGUGGCGCAGACAAACUCAGUGAUCGAGUCGAUUCCGAGCGUGGAGUUCGAGCGAUGUAGCUUCUGGAUGAGCGCAAAUAUUUCGAUUAUAUCGAUACCUCCACAAGCAGAGCUGCCUGUACUUAUGAAGUGA